GCCCAUCUCACCACCGCCGGCCUCGCCUCGCCCUCCGCCGGCUCCUUCUUCUGCGAGGGGCUGGCAGGGAGCGAGGACCCGAGCGUAGCAUCCCUCGGAGCCCCGCCGGGGCCGGGCUUUCACUCCCUGCAGCAGCCCAGCUACGAGGAGCUAAAAGAAGAGAAUGCCAGUUUGAGAAGCAAGAUCAAUAAGCUUCAGAUUUUCUCUGAAACUCAAGCAGACAAGAUGAGGAAGCUUGAAAAAAAGCUUGAGGAAAACAAAAUUAAAGAAGAAAAAGAAGCACAGGAUUUGGAAGCAAUGGUGCAGCACGUGGAACAAAAUCUCCAGCUGAUGACUAAACGGGCUGUUAGAGCAGAAAACAGUGCUACAAAACUGAAACAGGAAAACGCGUUACUUCAGGUUCAGCUGAAGAAUUACAAGACAGAGAAUGAAGCUUUGAGGCUGGGCCAGUCGGCAAGUCUGGCCGCGGUGAAACAAAACGCAGACAUCGCCUUACAGAACCUUCUCACGGUUAUAACAAACUCCCGCUCUUCAAUAAAGCAGCUGGUCUCCGGAGCAGAAUCGCUGCAGCUCGUUGCUGAUCUCCUUAAAUCAAUAGACAGAAUUUCUGAAAUGUCAGAAGAUGGACAGGUGUUCCUGGCCGCAGAGGAAAAAGGGAUUGUGGGGCUUUCGAGCGGGGCUCGGCCUCCGGAGGCGGUUUGUAAUCAUCCUCAUGGCGGCCGCUGUGUGACGGGUUUUGUGGCGCUAUUAAAGGCCGCGGAG